AUUUCUACCGGAAGCAGAGAGAAAUGUCCCUUUAAAGAUGGCGUCUGACAAAAGAUAUGUAUACGCGGGGGCUGUGGGUUUUUUGUCAUAUUUUAUUAUUGGAUGCCACGCCAGACUACACCAUCUUGUACUAAAGGAUGACAUCCGGCAGAAAGUACACCUGAACACCUUUGGGUUUUACAAAAAUGGUUACAUGACUGUGAGCCUGAAUAGUCUCAUGAUAAAUGAGGUGUCAAUCGAAGAAGUUGAUAGCAGCACGAUUGGAUUCAUUUUGGACAAAACUAACAGCAAUGGGUUUGCUUCAUAUUUGGAUGAUGACUCUGGGUUUUGUGUCCUGAAGAAGACACCCAGUAGUGAUGCUGUGGUGUUGCUUCUGUUGGAUUUCAACGGGCCUGAAGUAACCAUAAAGACCUCAGCAGAGGAAGGUCUCUUUCCCCAAAUCAUACCUAUCCUGGCAAGAAGUGCAGAUGCAGAACCAGAUGGGAAGCAGGAGAAAGAUGUGGCCAAAACAGAUGAGUCUAAAGUCACAAAGGAGCCUCCUGUGGUUACUAUCAAAGAGCCCACAUAUCCUUUGGUGAAGAGGGGGGAUAGUUACUCAUUCAGAUUUUAUUUCAAUGUCACCACUGAUGACCAGCAAGGCUUGUACAACUUCUACUUCUACAACUGCUACAGCAGGAACGCUCAGACUAACCUGCUGAAGUUCAGCCUUGAUAUCAAUAUUGAGGAGAAGAACCCUAACAGCUUCCUGUCGGCGGGCGAGAUCCCUCUGCCUAAGCUCUACAUCUUCAUGUCCAUGCUCUUUUUCAUCAUUGGGACACUCUGGGUCCAUGUGCUGCACACCAGGAGUGCGGAUGUUUACAAAAUCCACUGGCUUAUGGCAGCUCUUCCUUUCACCAAAUCACUCUCUUUGGUGUUCCAUGCGAUUGACUACUACUACAUCUCCAACCAGGGCUUCCCCAUUGAGGGAUGGGCUGUUGUCUAUUACAUCACACAUCUGUUAAAGGGUGCUCUCUUGUUCAUCACAAUAGCCUUGAUAGGGACUGGUUGGGCAUUUGUGAAGCACAUUCUCUCCGACAAAGAUAAGAAGAUCUUCAUGAUAGUUAUCCCUCUUCAGGUGUUGGCCAAUGUAGCCUACAUUAUCAUCGAGUCAACAGAGGAGGGCAGCAGUGAGUAUGGUUUGUGGAUGGAGAUCCUCUUCCUGGUGGACCUGCUGUGCUGUGGGGCCAUCCUGUUCCCUGUAGUCUGGUCAAUCAGACAUCUUCAGGAGGCAUCAGCUACAGAUGGAAAAGCUGCUAUCAAUCUUGCCCAGCUGAAGCUGUUUAGACACUACUAUGUGAUGAUUGUGUGCUACAUUUAUUUCACGCGCAUAAUUGCCAUUCUCAUCAAAAUCAUAGUGCCCUUCCAGUGGAAAUGGCUGUACCAGCUGCUGGAUGAGUUGGCCACGCUGACCUUCUUCUUCCUGACGGGGCACAAGUUCCGGCCCGCCUCCUACAACCCCUACCUGCUCCUGUCUGUGGAGGAUGAAGAGGACCUGGAGAUGGAUGAUGUGAUAACUACAUCGACCGCUUUGGGAGAAGGAGUCAAGAAGGUGAAGAAGAUCUCCAACGGGCCGUCAGAAGAAACUGAGAGUGUGGCAUGAUGGGAGCUCUCAGCUAACGUCUCUGGAGCCUUUCGCUUAAGAGGUCCAGAAACAUCCUGAAGCUGAAUCGGACACUCCUAGAUCAGGGCUCUCUCACCACCACCCCCUCUCCCAAGAUGUCUCAGUGGACUCCUCUAGUUCCCUUGUCUUAAAACAGACCCGUCUAAUUCCAACACUUUCUGUACAGUUUAUCUUGUAAAGGGUGUGUACACCUUGGAGAUCUGGGGACUCAGCUCCUGGAUAUACACUAAUCUUCCAUUGCAGUGGUCACUGUAGUUACAACAGAUACGCUUUGGUGCUGCUCUUUGUCAUGUACAACUGAUGUUUUGUUGUUUUUAUUUUUUUGCCACCAUUUAUAUUUUGGCUAAUUGAUCUCAGAUCUGAUUAUGGCUGUACAUGCCCAGUGAGCUGUACCAUAUAUAGUGUAAUUAAGUGGAUUUUUUUUUUUUUUUUUAAUUAUUAUUAUUUUUUUACUUUUAAUCUGUGCUCUCAUAAGAGAGAGUAAGCAAGGAAAUGACUUGAGUGUCUUCAGUGAGCUGUUUGGAUUCAGGUGGGGUAUUGGCACACUUGGGGUGACUCAGACUGUGCUGAUUUAUAAUAGGUCCUUAAGGUGAAUUCAAAAGACAGGGUGAAUUCUUAUAGGAAAUGUUUUGCUACAUAGAUUGGCCUGGUAGGUCAAUCCAUGUUUAAGUGGAACAUCUCGCUCUUCAUGUGGAAGAGUCUAAUGUUUCCUUAAGGUUACAAGCUUGUGAAUAUUAUUACACUGCUGUUUUUGAUGAGAAUAUUGAGCAUAUUGUUUUUGGUCGUUCCUGUAUUCUAAUGGGUUACGGUUUGAAUUCCUUGAGAUCACAUUUACAGAUAAUCUACAUGAGCCUCUGAUCAUUUGUAACAUACCUUUAAUUUUUAAAAAUAUUUCAAUGCAAAAGAAAGCAUUUCAACUGCUUGAAAUAAUGCUGCCUAAUUUGAAGAUAUUUGAGUGGAGUUGUUAUUUAUUCAGUAUUAGCUACUGCAGUUGUUAAAUUGUUUUUAUUUUGUUUUGUUUUUGAAUAAGAGAACACUGAAUGUAUGGCAUGGUAAUAUGGCCAAAGCAUUACUCCUCGUUAGAGGACAGUUGAUGUUUUCUGCCGUGAUUGAGGUGUUGGACAUUUUGCACUGGUUUAUAGUAUUGUAAAAUAAACUAAAAUAUAAGAUAUAACAGUUCAAAAUAAAACUUCACAAAGGAAAUGAACUCUGUUUAGGUCAACACACUGAUGCAGUUUUUUUGUGUUUUCUUUUUGAAAAAUUGUAUAUACCUAUUGUUUUUUUCUCUCAUGUGAAAACCAUGUGAAAUGUUAAAGAUUGGUCAUUUUGGGAACUGUAAUGAACAUGUCUUUCAUGCAUAAAGUUGUUUUGAACUCUC